AUGCAGACAAUUCAAAAUAGGUGGGCCAUCUACCUUUUGAGGGCGCAUUACAAAGCCCAGCUGACACUCCAUGAGGGCGUUACAAAUGCAAAAGGGCAGUUCAGCCCGCAUGAGUGGAUCACAAUCCAUCCCCAGCUUAGCAUUUGUGCUUUGAGCUGUCCCGGAUUAAUAGCAAACUCUUCAGCUGAGGCUUUUAUCGUCAUAGCAAACAGCAUUCGCAACGAGAUACCCAAUCAUAUACGCGUACUACGUCUAUAUUUUCAGCGCUUUCAGCGAGGUGUGGUACUAUACGAUUGGGCAAUUUUGAUACCUGUACGCGUGAGAUUUUGUGUACGUUGGUACGGCAGGGAGGAUGAGAGUAGUACAAUUCAAUUCAAGCACGCCGUGCUCUAG